AUUGAUAUCACAACAUGCAAAUUAAUUAAACUACUGCAAUUCAUUUUGCUUGAUAUAUAUCUUAGGUUGUUUAAUUUCUUUCGAGAAUUGUUACAUUUUCAUUACGUGAUGGAAAACUUAUCAGAUGAUUUAUUGAUCGAAAUAUAUUCUCGUCUUCCUUACAAGGCAGCCUUGAGAUGCAAAUCAAUAUCCAAACGGUUCUUCAAUUUGAUCUCAAACCACAUUUUCAUCGAAAGAUCCAUCCUUCACCACCACAAACUCCUCCUUCGUAUGAACCACCACGAAUGCCAGAAAGAAUGGCGAUUAUGCUCCCUCUCUAGGCGCAAGAAACUAGUCUUGUUCCUCCCCCACAAUAUUCAUGGUGAUCUUUCUUUUAACCCUCAAUACCAUUUGUCCUUGAGCUUUCUAGGACCCAAGUUCGACUCGAAAAGCGAUGAACCACCACCAACACUAAGAAAGCGCUACAACAAAUAUUCAAAGAUCGUAGGGUUCUCUAACGGCUUGUUUCUAUGCAGAAAAUCACCACACGAGAGACUAUACUUUGUUUGCAAUCCCCUCACAAAGAAAAGUCUCAAAGUUGUUCCUAUCGCGCCACCUCUUAGGGGCCAAAAUCUAGUAAAAAAUAGUCUCGGCCACGCACUCGAGGGAUUUCUUUGCGAACCUUACUACAAUAUUGAAGAAAACAUCGACUUAGUCUCUGUUAAUAAUUCUGUUCAGGGUUUAAGAUUUAGGAUUGUACGUAUACCUUUUUUCGAAGGUACAGUAUGUGAGUUUUUAAGAGGUAUAAAAAAGUCAGAGUUUGAAGUAGUAAUUUUUUCUUCAGAGACCGGACAAUGGACAACAAAACUUGUUUCGUGCACGAACGGUUCGAGUUUCACGCGACCAACUAUUCUUUCUGACCCGGUUGCACAUGGAGGGAAGCUUUACUUCAUGGGAAAGGAGAAUAUUUUGGUGUAUGAUCCUUUUCGCAACGAAAAUGAGUGCAACAUUAUUGAAUUUCCGAGUGGCUCGGAUCGUAGGAACAUUUCUUAUACGGGUCAUGUUGGUGUCUCUUGUGGAAAGAUUAGAGUAAGUUGUUUCUCUUCUUUUUCAUCUUUGGUGAAGGUGUGGGAGCUGAAUGAAGAGAACAAUGGUUGGUGUUUGUUGCAUGAAGUUUGUGUUCCAGCACAAGAUGAAAGUUCAGUGAGGGAUGAAUUGAGAGGAAGAGAAGGAGUUUAUGAAGUUGGUUAUGGAGUGUUUAGAGUGAGAGGGUUUCAUCCGUACCAUGGUGAUGUUGUCUUGUUUCAAUUUAAUCAUCGCAUAUUUUAUGGGAACUUGAAGACCAAACAGUUUCGUACCGUUGGUUAUGGGACACAAGAUUAUUAUUCCUUGCAAAUAAUUUCACUUCACCUGCCAUUGUGGCCAACUCCACUUCCUCCCAUUCGGUAAUUAAACACAAAAUUUCAUGUCAUAAUAUUGGUAUGUUCUCAUAGUACUACACUAGUAAAACGUACGUACCUCUCUCUCUCUAAACAUGUUCAUUAUUGUGAGUGAGAGAGGAAAAAGCUGCAAGUAAUGCUUCCUUAAGAGAAGGAUCGUUGGUUAAAGCUGCAGUAACAAGAUCCACCAAGGCAAGGUUGUUUUCUUGAGUAUAGCAAGCAUUUAGAGGCAGAGG